AUGUUGGCGACUGGAAGAGUUGUGGGCUACUGUAAGAUACCAGCGGAAGAAAUUUACUUCUCCGAAAAUGACGCUCUUUGUGGUGAAUGGUGCGGUCAGAUACGAGCAAUACCAAUGAAAUGGCCGACUGCAGCUGAUCGCAAGAGUAGAAAAGAAGAUUUUCCUGCUGUUAUUCAUGUGAAAAUGUGGUUUGGACGACGGGGAUUUGAUUGGUCAUGGAGAGAUGCGAUCAGACCAGCUGAGGUUAAAGCAUAUUUUGAGGUUUUUAGUUACCAG